CAGGACAUAAUUGUCCAACCACGUGGGAAAUUGGGUGCUGUUAUAAAAAACAAAGUGCGGGUACAAGCACCGACCUGAAUCAUUGAAAUAGAGCACUGACAUUCGAAAGUGCGAGCUCUAGAGCGAAGAGGAACCAGGAGCCUGUCAUGGUAUGGUAUUCCAUUAAAUCAUUCAUCCUCUUGUACCUGGAAUUGUCCCUCUCAUAGAUUGUCAUUUGUCAUUUAUGUGCUUAGUUAUUGAGUUUUUUUUAGCUAUGGAGUGUUGGAUUGAAGCUUUGUAUGUCAUCAAAUCUCAUAUCGAGUAUACCUCAAUUCUAUUCACAUCUUUCCAUUUGAUAAAAUGCUUCACUGAAAUCUCUUUUACUAUUCUGAAGUAUGUGUGACUGAAGUUCUUUAGUUUCUUUUUGUUUUUUUCAUGUUGAAGUCAAUAAUGUUUAUGUAUCUAACUCUUCGUUCAGCCUCCUAAGUUCCGUCCAGGUAAAAUAACUGUACGGGAAAGUGUCACGGCCAAGUACUUGGGGACAUACACUUUGAAUUUAGAUGAAGAAUCAACUACACCCACAUUGAUGUACACACGCUUUAUAGUGAAUAUUGUGCAAGGAGAGACCGAAAUAUCUCGAGAAUUUGUAGAGCUCUCGAAAUAUCAUAAACUGCUUUUGCUGCGAGAACAGAGCACUCAGAAAUUUAGUUACUUCGAUGUGGAAGUCACGGCCUAUAAGAGAAAAGUAACUCUAAGGUUUUUAGCCGGCUCAUUGUACUUAAUUGCAUUUAAACCAGAAUACGAUGAUACGUGGUAUGAGAUGAAAGGAUGGAGAGAGCCUGAAUGGUUGCUGGUUGAAUUAAAGGGGGUAAAAGAAGUCUUGCCUAGUGUUUUUGUAACUUACUGUUGUCUAGAGAAGUCUGGUGAUCGCCUAAAUCUUACCCUUGGGAUGUCACAAAUUGCGGAGGCUACAAAGAGGCUUGGAGGGUAUGUGGACGGCAGAGUAAGGGCGUCUUAUGACGUUAAGCCCUCUAUAUUGCAAUUCGCACAAUGUAUUUCAGAAUCCAUUAGAUUCAGUUCAAUAUUCCGAAGAAUAACACAGAACUUUGAAGUGGGAGCAUGUUUGGACGAGAGGAUGGUGGAAGAUCAAAAUAGAUGGGGCAACUAUUGCAAAGAAAUCUUAAAUAGGGCAGUAAAUUUGCAUCCGGGUAAUAACUUAUUUUUCAUAUAACAUUGUUUCUGAUGUGAUGAUAAAUUUAACGACGACUAUAUGAAUGUAGGUAAAGACGAGAAAGGUAUUUCUAGGGGUGCUCUUGAAGUGAGAGUUCUUCUAAGACCGGCUUUCAUCAAAUUUAAAGAACUAUCAACAGAUAGGGAAACGAAUCAAACGACCUUCAGGUGUGAGGGGGAAGAGCUCGGAUGGAGCUAAGGAGGUGACAUACUUCAUGCCAAUGCUGGCUCUGCAGACGCACUAGCAUUCUUUUUACCCGGUGUUAGUCAGACUGGGAAAGUGUUGCAUCUAACAAAAGCUAUGCAAGGCCGAUCCUAACAUUUAUUAGACAACUUGAGAGGCGGGAGAAGAGGGAGAAGUCCCAAACGAACUCGGAUCAGAGAAAUAGAACUGAUAUGUGUCUUCUUUAGUUGGAUGAGAGUACGGCUUUGGAGAGGGCACAUUCGUGUGAACGAUUGGUCUAUUUUCUUUUUUUCUUCCAUCUUUUAUCUACUUUAUUUUUCUAUGUUCUUGUUUUAUUUUUAUCAUUUUUCUUUCUUAUGCUCUUUUAUUUCUUUAUCUUUUAUCUUUUUUAUGUUCUUAUGUUAUUGUUAUCUUAUAUUUAUUACUCGUAUUAUUUUAUCCAUUCUAUCUUACUUUGUUUUUCUUCUUAUCUUUCUUCUCUUUUUUAGUCUGAUAUCAUGGAUUGAUUCAUGUUAGCCGAUCCCAAAAUCAUUUGGAAUGAGACUAGGAUCUUCUAGUUGUUGUUGAGAUGAAUUUUUGUAAAAAGCCAUUGAAUAUUGUAAAAUUUGCAUAUCAAGAUUCAUAAGCAGUAAUUUAAUUUAUAUGCUUACACCAAAUAAAUAAAACCCACACACAGUG